UGCAGCAGUGUUGGACCUGUUACAUUAGCAGCACUGCAAAUUCACAAGAACUUCAUUCCAACAGAAGAUCAGGAGUCCAGGAUGCUAUUUUUGUACCAACUAAACUUGCCAGCUCUCUGGGCCACACAAAUCUGCCUGGCAUGUUUGUUCAUCAUGAUCCUUUUCUCUGGAUCUGUUGCCCCUCUUCAUGCCCCUCCAGUGACAACAGGUCUUCGCUCUGCCUUCUCUGCAUCCCGAACCAGCAGCGUGGUCGGAGGCAAGCAGAAGGCAGUGACUUUCAACAAGCUCUUGGCCAACAUCGGAGGGGAUUUCAAUCCAGACACUGGCCACUUCCGCUGCCGCAUCCCUGGGGCUUACUACUUCUCUUUCUCUGUGGGCAAGUUUCCAAAAAAGCUGCUCUCUGUUAUACUGGUGAAGAACGGGGAGGAGGUGCAGGCCAUAGCCUAUGAUGAUUACCGCAAGAAAGGAAGGAAAGUCCAAAGCCAGAGUGUCAUGAUCACUUUGAAAGAAAUGGACACAGUGUGGCUGCUUUUGCAGCAGAGUCCCCAGUAUGCUGUUUACAGUAACACUGGCCCUUACAUCACUUUCUCUGGUUACCUCGUCUAUCCUGAUAUCCAGCCAACCAGCCAAAUCAGCAACUAUCUCUCCCCUCCGGCUCUGUCCUACCCCAAUUGCCCAUCUCAGGCUGAAUCCGCCGAGCAGCCACGCUCCGCCUUCUCAGUGGCGCGGACGUCAGCACUAAUGGGUCACAACGGCAUGCACGGGAGCAAGUCACCUUUGACCUUUGACGUGGAGUAUGUGAACAUCGGGGGACAUUUUAACAAAACCUCUGGCAUGUUUACGUGCCACUUCCCUGGCGCAUAUUUUUUCGCUUUCACGGUGGGGAAACACCCUCGCAGGGCUGUCUCCGUGAAACUGAUGACAGGGAACGGAGACGUGCAGGCCAUGGUGUUUGACGAGGAUACAUCAAAGAGGCGGGAGAUGCAGAGUCAGAGCUUGCUGUUGUUGCUGCGCAGCGGAGAAAAUGUCUGGUUGUACAGCCAACAAGAUGAGCGCUAUGCAGUCUACAGCAACCAGGGGAGGUACACCACGUUUUCUGGUUUCCUGGUUUAUCCCGGAAUAGAGACUUUCUCUAACAAUCAUCUAUAAGUGCCUUAAAGAUUAUUUUGCUUAUUUAGAAGACAGAGUAGUAAAAGAGCAGCAAAUAUAAUACAGGGGUUAGAAUUCCCACUAAAUGCAGUUCAAGUCAUUUUUAUGUUUUGUUGGCUUUGUUAAAUAACAUUUGUUGCUUGUUGCUUGUCUUAGCUCCACAAGGUGGUGCUAAGACACAAUGAUGGAUUCUAACCAGCACUUACUGUUUCAUGUCAUCAAAGCACAGUAAACUGUAAAAUACUCAAAAAAAAUUUUACAUGAAAGUUUAGUCAUUUUUUGCCUCUUUUUAACCAUUAAACUUUUACAGCGUUGCUUUCCUAAAUGUAAAAAAGGAUCUUUGAGUGAGUAACAAUGUAAAUGAUGUAAAGAUUAUCAAAAGGUACUUUAAGUAAAUUAAACCUUGGAUGUUUAAUCAUGUAUGACGUGUUUGUACUGUAGUCUGAUCUCCCUAUACAUUUUUUUGCACCAUUUGUCAGAAUUUUUUAAUAAAUUCAUUAACCUUUUUCUAACACAA